UUAACGUACUUGAAGUUCAAAUGUUGUUCCAGAUUGGCCCACACUUUGCCGUAGAAGCCACCGAUCGUUUUAUCCUCGUUCACCCAGACCAGGAAGGAAUUCUGGAACAUAAGUGGCGUCCUCAUAGCCUCUAGUUUCUUGCCCCGUUGAGUUUAUUAGGCAGCGUGCGUUGCUUUGUUAAAGAAAUUUCAAAUCGUUUCAUAUAACACAUAUUAAUUCAUUCUCACAUUUAAGCUUGAUGUUCUCAUCGUGUGGCCUCCCAGCGACGUCCUGCGUCGGUACACGUACUCGUGAGUCUGUUCCGAGGCGGCGAUGGACCUAGGGAGAGCUCCCAACAGCUGAACGCGAAGUGGCGUACCAGGGGCAACGCGGUAUACGUCGAACAACCGCGUCUCGACGUCAGAAGGCUGUGCCACUAUGAACUGCACGUCGAAUGGAAUGUUCGAGUCCCCUGCGAGAUCCUGCAGAGACUGCCCCAGCUCCAGAAAUGCCAGCCAUACCACGUUUGCCAGCUGAUACUUCUCAAACACCUGCAGUUGGCUCGGUGGUUCAAUGUUGAGGAUGAGGGGUGCAGUGGCUGUCUCCUUCUUAUUCCUUGGUUGCUACUUCGUUGUGUGCGCUGAAUUCCCUGUCGCGGUGACCGCCAGCUUGAUCGCAGACGUGCGGGCCCAUUUAUAUUCCGGUUGUGUCUACAUCUUGCACUCUUAUUUUGGUUACGACAAGGAGCUGGCGGCCGUGUGGAGUGCAGCAGCCGGCCUACUGAACAUAGGCGUUCUUCACGUACAGCAUUUAAUAUAUGAAGGUUAUGAUUCCUGUCCAAGUCCUUUGUACGUCGUACUAAACAGGGAUCUUCUUAUAUUAAGCGAGGUGUCUGCAGCAGGGAAGUUUUCUGGCGCCAGAUGGCUAGUGUUCCUGCACUCCGUCUCUGAGUUGUCUCUCCUCGAUGUCCCUUUCGACUGCGAGUUCCUGGCGGCGCAGUGGGACGGCGAGGUGGCGCGGUUGAACGACGUCUACCGCAUUAGUCCACGAGUGUCCCUGCAGGUUCGGUACUUCGGAGACUGGAGCCUCAGCUCCCGUAGAAACUGGCCUAGCGUCGGGCUGUACCGACGGAGAACGAGUCUCGACGGACAUGUCAUCAGGACGGUCAUAUUGGAAGAUGAAACGUACGUGUCUCUGGAUCGAAUGGACAACGAAGUGGUUUUGGGUGGCUACAUCGGGCAUAUCUGGAGCGAACUGGAAACCGAGAUGAACUUCAAGAGUAACUUCUGCAAGUCGAUAGAUGGCGGAACUGGUUCGGAGAAGAAUGGAACUUGGGACGGGAUGGUUGGCAUGUUGGUGAGGGACGAAGCUGAGGUUGGCGCGUCUUCCUUCCUCAUGACAGUAAAACGCAUGGAAGUAGUCGACUAUACUUACAGCAUUGACGAAGCAGGGACCAACGUAUACAUCAAGCGACCGAAAGAGUACUCCCUGUCGUGGAAUGUUCCCAUGGCUCCAUUCAGCUUUUGGCUUUGGUUCUGCGUCAUGGUGGCUAUGGGUCUCCUGUCACUUAUACUUCCUCUUGCCUGCAACAUCCAGCGUCACCAUGGCAACCGGAACGAAAGAGCGUUUGGUUUUCGAGACUCCUGGUUGUGCACAUUGGGUAUCUUCUGUCAGCAAGGUCACAACGAGACGCCGCGCUCCUGCGCGGGCCGCGUGGUGUACUUAACUUCUCACAUGUGUGCCAUCGUGCUGUUGGCCGGCUACGCAGGAAACUACAUCUCAUACCUGAGUGCGGGUCGUCCCUUGGUAAUGCCGUUCACGUCGCUGAGCGAAAUGCUGGACGACGGGUCCUACCGCCUGGGGGUCAUUGCCAAAUCUGCGCAACUCAACUUCUUUGACAAAGCUACCGACUCGCUGUUCAAGGAGGUGUACGAGAAGCUCAUCCUUCCUGAUAUCCACAAUCUGCCUUCCGAUUACGUUGACGCUUUUAAACGCGUCUGCGAGUCGAAAUACGCCUUCAUGUCCUCGGCGAACGUGAUGCGUCGCUUCACUGCGAACCUCAGUUGCAGCGUCAUCGCACUCCCUCGCGCUACCAUCCCAGGAGUCAUCGCCAUGACGACCGCCAAGAAGUUUCCGUAUCUAGGGCUCAUAAACCACAAGUGAGUGUUGACAGAAGUAGAACUUAGAUUUAUGAUGUACCCCUUAACACAGUAGACUUAUCCUUAUGCAGCGGUGAAGUCCUCGAUAUUUGUCUUCUUGAUUGCAAAACCGUGUACCUAGCAGGUAGAUAUCAGCAUUUCGGAGAAACAUUUCAACUCUAGCCCGAGUCUGCUAGAAACCACAUUUGGCAGAGUCCCGGUCCCGCACAGAACGGUUCUCACAGAGAUCGGGUGGCGAGAAUAUUAAAAAAAAUUCACGUUUUUCAAAAUUUUCGAAAAAUCAAGUAAUUAAGGAAAAUGUCUAAAUUGCGCAAAAACUAAUCUUUUAAAAAAAAAUAUUUGAAAUUUUUUUAAUAUUAACCUUUUCAAAGAUUAUCAGUUUUGUGCGCUUCUUGGGCUAUUUCCAGCAAUUUUUGAUGUUUGGACAUUUUUUAAACAUUUGAAAAGAAUUAUCAAAAUAGUCCCAUCCGAUCAUCACCAGAACAUUUCCGGUAGGUUGUCUUGCCACACCCGGUCUCUGCCGCACUAGGUCUUUGCAGAGAAGGCCCGUUAGUGAACGGGUCAUACAGAGAACGGAUCGUGAACAGAGUCCGGCAGAGACCAGGUCCUAUAGAGACAGGGUGCUUCAGAGACCGUGCCAGGCAAACAGCGAUUCUGGCAGGUAACUGGUGGAGACAAAUUUAAAAAA